UGAAGAUAUUUAUAUUGGGCUGCAAACAAUAUAUUAGAUACGUAGGGUUUAUUAAAAAGCAUGUAUGGUUCUUCUAAGUCAGAUGCCAGGCCUUUGCAGAAAUGAAAAAUACUUGCAUCACUUUAAUAAGAAGAAGUGAUACUUAGGAUCUGUUUGAAUGCUUGGAUAUUUCUUAUAAAUCAGGGGUCUUUGUUGAAAUGGAAUCUGAAGUGGCAAAACAGGACUUUCCCUCUCUGUCUUGAAUUUCUGCCAAAACAAUGAAUCUCAUGAAUGGCAACCCCCAUGAAAACAGUACAAAUAGAAGAACUUUUUCACCUUUCACUGGUUCAGUACUCAAGACAAAAAAGAGUCCAGAAGACACCUGAACAAAAGCAGCAAUGAACUCCACAGCCGUCCUCUUUGCUGUUUUUCUCUUGUUUGCAGCUGUUGAAGGCUCCCCACUUUACAACAAGGGCCGUUGCCGCUGCAUUGGGAGCAGUGCUGACUUUAUACAUUUAAAACGCAUUGAGAAGUUUGAAGUGAUACCAGCAUCCCCAAUGUGUCAGCAGAUAGAGAUUGUUGUUACAAUGAAGGACACUGCAGAGGAGAGAUGCAUGAAUCCCAAGUCAAAGCAGGCACAAAAUAUCAUCAACUUGCUAAAGAAAAGGUCCCCACAGAAGUAAAGCAACCAAGGGAAUCCCAGUUCUGAUGUGGCCCUCCCCAUCUGUCCUUCAUGAAGCUCAUAGGCAUCCUCAAUCCCAGCUGUCAUGGUUACUGCUUCUCAGAAUGUUGAUAAUGAUUUAGGUACAUAUUAUAAAACAAAUGUGACCAUUUUUUUAGCUUGUCUUUUGCCACAUAAUACAACAACAUGUGUUAAAUUACCACAAUUGAAUUGUAUAGCAUACUGCCUUUUAAAUUACAUGGUUACCUAAUUAGAAUCUAGUAAAUGUCAGCAUUUUUGUGGUUAGCAAAUACAGCGUUUAAGUGAGACCAUCUGCCCAAAACACAUUAAGGCACAUUAAGGAAUCUGUUCAAAUAUGUGAUGAAUUUGCAUGAAUCAUUUGUGUACCAGUAUAUAAACUUUGCUUGGAUGUUUUGUACGAAUAUUAUGCAUUUCUAACAUAAUUUUUUAAUUUUUAAUUUUGUGUUUUACAUUUUUUUUAAAUAUGUAAAUAAAUUACUUUCAGACUAUUUUGUGGUUA